AAUUAGUUUUAAAAACUCCCGUGAACCAAACUAUCUCCUCUCCGUUGCACCAAACGAACCCGUUCCCAGAAGGAACAAAAGGUUUCUGUUAUUCUCCAAUUUGAAGUUAAGCUCUUAACGGAAAUCUAAGCAAAAUUUACAGUCCCCACCGGUGCCAUCUCGUUGUUCGUUCUGCAUCUGUAGCAUAGCAAGCUUCCGUCUCCAUUAAUCUGUGCCAUAUUGUUGGAGUAACUAUCCAGGUUGAGUGAAAAGGGAGAAAUAAGAAAAUGUUUUUCCACAUAGUGUUGGAACGAAACAUGCAACUGCACCCACGCUACUUUGGUCGUAAUCUUCGUGAUAAUCUUGUUUCCAAGCUAAUGAAAGACGUGGAAGGCACUUGCAGUGGUCGACAUGGAUUUGUGGUGGCGGUCACAGGGAUUGAAAACAUAGGGAAAGGGUUAAUUCGUGAUGGAACGGGGUUUGUAACAUUUCCAGUUAAGUACCAAUGUGUUGUCUUCAGACCAUUUAAAGGAGAGAUCUUAGAAGCUGUUGUUACCAUGGUGAACAAGAUGGGAUUUUUUGCUGAAGCUGGACCAGUUCAAAUCUUUGUUUCAAACCAUUUGAUUCCGGAUGAUAUGGAGUUCCAGUCUGGAGAUAUGCCAAACUACACAACUUCAGAUGGAUCAGUUAAAAUUCAGAAAGAUAGUGAAGUGAGACUUAAGAUAAUCGGGACUCGUGUGGAUGCUACUGAAAUUUUCUGCAUAGGUACCAUAAAAGAUGAUUUCUUGGGUGUGAUCAACGACCCUGCAACAGUUUAAACGCACCUUUGUGUACCCUUCUAUCGUAUAAUUUGGAUGGCAUGGAUUGUUACUCCUGAAACAUCAGAUAUUAUCAUGUUGGUGUGACUCUGCUGCUUAAAUUACCCACUCUUCACGAGUUACUUAAUUGAUGCAUCAAUUUCUCUUUUUAAUUUCAACUGGUGUAUAAAUAUUUUGUAUUAGAUUCAUUGUUGCAUCUGUCAACUAACUAUGUAUUGCACCCAAAAUUAAUAUACCGUCAAUAUAUUGCUGAAUGUAAUUUUCGAGUUUGGCACCCAAAA